CCUGGAAUAAAAUUGUCAACAAUAAUUCUAGAGCUAUUGCUUUGAUGUACUUCAAGGAGUCAUGUAACAUUGUGUUCCUCCAACCAGACUUUCAAAACCGAGUGAGAGUCUCCAUUGACUGCAGAAAAUUACAUCUUAGUCCUCUAAAGAAAGAGGACGCUGGCAGAUACACUGCAGGAAUUGUUUUACCAAAUAAAAAGUCAGUGGAUGAGUCCUUUGGUCUGCAGGUUUUGCUACGUUUGGUGGACUCUGAUCUGAAAGUGACCUGCACUCCUGAGGGGACUGGAAUCAGAACCUGGCAGCUGAAUUGCUCUACAGGGACCUGGGAAGACAGAGUGAACAUCAGAUGGACUUCAUCUGCCCAGAGCACAGGUCCUACUCCUGGGAGUUCUGUGAUCCAGUUUGUCUCCCUUGACCUCAAUGCAACAUGCACAGCAGAAAACCCUGUUAGCCAGGCAUCCAGGACGGUCUCCUUAAAGCAAGUUUGUGCAGGUCAGACCAAGAACUUCUACAGGCUGCCUCUCUGGGCCCUGCUGUGCCUUAGCAAAGUAGGAAGUCUUCUCCUUCUUGGCUGUUUGGGACUCAUUCUGGUGAUGAAAACCAAGAAAGCAGUUGGAGGAGAGAGGCUUCGAGUCCGAUACCUGCCAGAGGAACCCAUCACCACUACCCAAGACGUCCAGAGAGGUCCAGACGUCCUCUCCAGAAGAAGACAGGGACCAAUUGCCUGUGUAUCUUGUCCUGGCCAGUCCGAGUUCGGAUCCAACCCUCCAGGCACCAACUCCACCCUCCAGGCGUACGUCCACCAGCUGCCCUCCAUGGAGCAGGAACUGGACAUUUCCUGA